GCGAGCGCGUGGGUGGGAUCUCGCUCCUGUUGCUGCUGCAGACAGUCGAGUCGAGCAACAGGGAGAAAGCUAACGUUAGUUUGGUGGCACACGGUCGCUCGUCUCAGCCGCCAUGGACCCCCUUCGGCUCCUGGGCUGCGGCCUGUUGUUGUGUGUUCAGCUGCACAUCGGUGUGACGGGAGACUGCCCCGCUGAUGGACGCACCUGGGUGCCAUUUGGAAACGGGUGUUACUACUUUGUCCACGGGUCAGAAGACAAAAUCAAAAGCUACACCUUUGAGAGAGCGAAAUCUCUCUGCCAAGGAUUUGAGCUUUUGAGCAUCCAGAGCGCUGAGGAAAAUGACUUUGUUGUCAAAUAUAGCCCAGAGGUGUGGAAAAACAAUGUCAACAUUUGGCUGGGGAUGUAUUUCGACACAAACAGUGACGGCAUGCGGUGGUUCGGCGAGCGGCCGGUAGGAUUCCGGAACUGGGAGGGCGGCUCUUCCCCCCCGGACCUCGUGCCCUUGGAUACGUGCGUAGCGCUGCACAGCAACACGGGGAAGUGGGAAAAUGUCAGCUGCGUGGACCAGACGGAGAACGGAGUGGUCUGUGAGACGGAUCAGAUAGUGACCUUCCUCCGUGAACCGUUCCUUUGUUCUCCUCAAGGAUCGAGCCUGCUGCUGUCCGCCCUGGUCAUCGUCAGCGUGGUGGUUAUCAUGGGAGUCUCGGCAGUUAUUUGGUUCGUGCACCAGAAGAAGAGCCCCGGCUCCACGAUGCUCACGGCGUUUGAGUACCACCCUCCGUUCCGGGUCCUGGACGAGGACCGCUCCUGCCUGGUGGAGGCGGAGGAGACGGACAGCGCGCCAUAGGGGGAGUUGCAUCGCUCCUCCGGGGGAGGCGCCGGGCGCCCCUCGCUGGGUGGGUGCUCGGCCAUAUUCCAGCUCUGAAAAACACUGUAGUCGUUUUUUUUGGGGUUAGCGCAUGUCGACGAGUGAUUGGGGUGCGAUUGUAAGAAAGCUGAGUGCAGGCUUACUUUCACUAAUACUAGCCAUUAAGGCACAUAAACACCUCACAGCUUUGUUUCAAAUGCACUCAGAAUCAUCUGUAUGGCUUUCAGAUUUGUGCAUCAGCAACCGGGUCCACGUGUGACCGUCCACUUAAUAACUUGCAUGAAUAAAAGCAACUUGCUGUUGCACAUUUUUUUUUUAAAAGAUCAAAAUAAUAAAUCUUAUUAUAAAUGCUCAGUGUUCAUUUUUAGUGUCGCACUAUCACAAACCUGGAGACUAACAAGAGGGAGAAUGAUAUAAGAAUGUUCAAUUGAUGCAGAAAAGACUGAGACGCACCUGACGUUCAGUCCCCAAAAAUGCUGGGUUCUACAUUUCACAUCAUGCAACCAAUCCCGUGUUUCCGGUAGACCCUGACUGACCAGUGGAGUGGCUCCUUUUUUUUUUUUUUUAAGCAGUAUUCAAAGACACAAGGACGCCAAAUGGCUAUUAAGGGCACAUGCGUGUAAAUAGUUGCCAGCUGUAGUUUGAGACGUUGUCUCGUUACUCCACACGUGUAAAAGUUGCCAGCGAGAUGUAUUUGCACAAUGCGUAAAACAGAUUAUUUUCCAGGUCAAAUGUAUUUUGGAAUGAACUGCUGUUCUAAAUCAAUACUGCCAGAGAACGUAAGGGCUAUUUUCCUUACUUUCUGUCCUGAGCUUUUU